UCUGUUUCUUCAGCUGGACUGAGGACAUUUAUCAAAAACGGAGGAAAACAUUAAGGAUUAAUAGAGAAACUAAAGGAAUAGUGGUCAAGAUGUUGGUCACCAUGCUAACAGCCAUGUAUUUGGUGGUCAAAGUCGUAGAGUCGAUAGGGGAGCGGUUUGCACGGCAAGAGGACCCUUUGCCUUACAUCGUGUCCCAGCCUUUGCCUUGGCAGGUUCACUCAGUGUCACACAGUCGGAGGAGCAGCAAAGCAGAUGAGUUUGAUGGCUACAGGAGGAACAGCAUAGGCGUGUAUAGAAAGAACUCUUCCUCCAUGGCUAUUGCUUCAGCCUCUCUGGCUAUCCUGUCGUGCUCAGGCUCCAAGGCCAGCAAUGGGACCGCUGCUCCCCCACUCAGCCCGGUGGAGGUGGAGAAGGCCGCCGCCACCAUCCAGACCCAUUACAGGAAGUUUCAGCAGAAGAAACAGAAGAACGGCAAGUAGGCGGACAAAGAGGGAUGGAGGUACCGAUGCAGCAGCCUGGGAGACAACAGGAAGCAGGUGGGAGGAAUCCCGAUUCACCAAACAACGGAUGAACUCUGUGACUGUGACUACAUACAAAUGCACACAUAUUCAUACUGUACAAUAUACAUUUAGGGGAGCUUUUGAAUUAGUAAGACACUGUGCAGAAUAAAAUAACAGUAGUAGUUUCUUUCUCCAACAACUGGAAAGAUUUUAAAUUCUAUGUGAAUGAUUUGUUGUAUAUAUUACUAAAUCUGAAUGAAUGUUAGUUUUGUGCUCUGAAUACUGAGUGACUGUGUGUGUGACUGUGAAUGCUGUUAAUAAAUAUAACCAAUGUUAUAUCCAAUAUAUCAAUAUUGAGAGGAACACAUAUUAUAAUGUGUCAACAUUUCUGAUCUUAUAGAACGUGUAGAAAAACAACCUAUUUUAAUAAACUCCUCUGUAAGAC